AUAUAAAAGUAUAGAAAGUAUAAUUGGAAAACAGAUCUGAUUACUCCUUUAAUCUCAUGCGUUAAUUAUCUCUCCUUAAUUCUCUAAAUUCAUAAUUUUAAAUUUAACGUCAAAAUGCAUUGUCAAACAAUUAUCAAAAAUCUUACGUUGUUACUUACAAAAGAAGGAAUAAAAUUUAUACAAAUGAGAUAGAUUAUACAGGUUAGAUCAUGUAGGACGAAUGAAACCGGCCCAAUGAAUGACAAGUGGUUUCUGAUUAGGAAUCAUUGACAGUAUAGCGAAUAUUAAUUCUCUACUUAAAUUGAAUCGCAGAACUAAACAAAAGGAAAUAAAUGAUUGCUUUAUAGCGAGAUAGCACGAAAUAUUGUUAUUUCUCACGUCGUUAGUACGAUUAAGAUUCAGAAUGUCUUUUCCAAACAAAGAAGAUCGUCUGAAUUGCUGGAGUCGUAGAGAUGAAUAUUGGCAAUGCCUUGACAAAAACAAAUCUGAAGCAGAAUGUAUGGAAUUUAGGAAACAAUAUGAAAAAUUCUGCCCAUCUCAAUGGGUGAAACACUUUGAUCGUAAGAGAGAUUACUUGAAGUUCAAAGAGCAAAUAGAGCAGGGAGAGUACGUUCCUGAAGAGUCAAAAGAAACAUAAAAUACUAAUUUAUCGAUUGUAUUACAUUCAUAGCAAUUCAUGAACUAUCAAUAUUAACUAAACAAAUUAAUUUCAUACAUUAUUCAUACGAAUUUUUUUUGACUUUACAUUAUUGUCUUUUAUCUGUUGAAUUGUAAUAAAUAAGAUGCUUAAAAAUAA